AAGAGACGCAGGCAGGCUGCGGUGACCCAAGCGGCCGCCCCUGCCUCAGGGACCCCUUCCCCGAGAGACGGCAUCAUGACCCAGGGAAAGCUCUCCGUGGCUAACAAGGCCCCCGGGACAGAGGGGCAGCAGCAGACAAAUGGUGAGAAGAAGGAGGCUCCAACAGUGCCUUCGGCCCCACCCUCCUAUGAGGAGGCCACCUCCGGAGAGGGGCUGAAGGCAGGGGCCUUUCCGCCAGCCCCCUCAGCUGUGCCUCUCCACCCCAGCUGGGCCUAUGUGGACCCUAGCAGCAGCUCCAGCUAUGACAAUGGUUUCCCCACUGGAGACCAUGAGCUCUUCACCACCUUCAGCUGGGACGACCAGAAAGUUCGCCGGGUCUUCAUCAGAAAGGUCUAUACCAUCCUCCUGAUCCAGCUGCUGGUGACUUUGGGUGUCGUGGCUCUCUUUACCUUCUGUGACCCCGUUAAGGACUAUGUCCAGGCCAACCCAGGCUGGUACUGGGCGUCCUACGCUGUGUUCUUUGCAACCUACCUGACCCUGGCCUGCUGUUCUGGACCCAGGAGGCAUUUCCCCUGGAACCUGAUUCUCCUGACCAUCUUUACCCUGUCCAUGGCCUACCUCACUGGGAUGUUGUCCAGUUACUACAACACCACGUCUGUGCUGCUGUGCCUGGGCAUCACGGCCCUCGUUUGCCUCUCAGUCACUGUCUUCAGCUUCCAGACCAAGUUUGACUUCACCUCCUGCCAGGGUGUGAUCUUCGUGCUGCUCAUGACUCUUUUCUUCAGUGGACUCAUCCUGGCCAUCCUCCUGCCCUUCCAAUAUGUACCCUGGCUCCAUGCAGUGUAUGCUGUGCUGGGAGCAGGCGUGUUUACAUUGUUCCUGGCAUUUGACACCCAGUUGCUGAUGGGUAACCGACGCCACUCGCUGAGCCCCGAGGAGUACAUUUUUGGAGCCCUCAACAUUUACCUGGACAUCAUCUAUAUCUUCACCUUCUUCCUGCAGCUUUUUGGCACCAACCGAGAAUGAGGAGCCCUUCCUGCCCCCUCCUGCCUUCAGAGAAUGCCCCCUUGCUGGUCCUCAGACCCUCCCUGUGCUCCUGCAAGCCCAGAUAUAAAACUAGCUGCCAGCCUAGCCUGUGGCCAGCCCCCUCACUCCCCUCAGUCUGACCCUCAUCCUCACCCUCUGCAGCUUGUUUGUGCCCCUGCCAUCAGGGACCCUGUGGAAUCGAGGUCACACCAUCCCCUCUGCGGCCCCUUCCCCUCAGUUAUAUCUCCCAAACUGGGACAGUCAAGGCUGGAGGCUCCUUUGGGUUUGAGGACCCAAUGGGUGAGUGGGAGGAGGUGUGCAGGAUUUCAGAUGUGGGAAAGAGACCCCAGGAAGCCUAGGUGAGGCCCACACCCUGACCCUGAUUCCUCCUAAGACUGCCACAGCUAUGUGACCUUAGGGCACACUGUCCUAUGUUCAGUCCACCGCUCCUCUCUUUCCUUCCGGAUCAGGCAUUGACACUUUGUAAGGAAGGGGGUGGGGAAGACAGCCAGGAGAUGAGAUGAGGGUGCUCUGCAGGUGGGGGGAUGCGUGUAGACAGUACGGUUGUCCCCGCCUGCCCUUCCCUCUCAGCUCUGGGACCAGUGGCUUGUUCGAGGCACUUGAGACCUGGGGCCAAGGGCAACAGGAGAGGGGCAGGAAGCCGGUGCCAUCUGCGCUUGCCUUGGUUUACCCUCCUGGGUCAUGACAGAGCACUGUUGGGGCAGGAGGGUAGGGGCAGGAGGCUCUGCUCCGAAGUGGGGCCCUGUCCUGGGGCUCCAAGGAAGGUGGGAGCAGGGCAGCCAACUGGGUGGCCUGGGUGCUGCAGGAUCACCAGUUCACCCAGCCCUGCAGCCACCUGGGAGGUGUUUGGGGUUGGCAGGACCGAGACCUAUAUCCUCUCACUCUCUUCUCUCAACCCCCAGGCUCCCACGGCCUGAGACUACAUGAGUGCUUGGGCUGGGGAGGACUGGAUGUUCUGAGGGAGCGAGGGUGCUUCUAGCUGCUGAGCCAGCCCCAUCUGGAAGGAAUACUGCCCUGUCCCCAGCCCUUCCCUAAGGCCUUUCUGACAUCUUAUUUUUUAAACCCUCCCCCAUCUGCUGCCAUUUGCUGGCUUAUCCCCAGCCAGGCCUCCUGAGGCCUCAGUUGGCAGUGCCCAUGUCCCUUCCCCCAGCUUCUCCGGCCACUCAGCCCAGAGUCCUAAGCCUCCUCCACUCCUUGUCUCUUCAUCUCUCCAAUCUGGAAGCUGUUCAGCUGAUGCUAACAGCCCGGCCAGUCCCUCCAGCUGGUCCCAUGUGAUGAGGUCCAGUCUCCUUAUCAGCCUCCAAGCGGCUGAGAUCUUGGGCAGCAUAUGCGUCAGCCACCCAGCCCCCUGCAGGCUCUACUGGGGAGGGGACCAGGGGGCCACACCUGGGAGAAGCUGUGCAGCUAGCACAUGCUGGCAGCCAACUCUGGGCCAGUAGAAAGUUACUGGGUGGAAUCAGGGAGGUUCAGAGUGGACACCUGGACCCUCCCUUGGCCUCUCCCUCCAGGGCUCGCCUCUCUCCCAUUAUUCUGGGGGCUCUGUUUGCCCUUGAGGAGGGUGACUAGGUAUGUUAUCUAUCUGUUCCCAACCUCUCCCUCUCUACCCUUCCUAUUUGCAGAUUUCAAGAAACAUUGCAGAAGCUUUCAAAGUUUUGUUCCAUCUUGGGACUUUGAGGAGAGAGGGCACCAAGAAUGGAUGGUGGUGUUUGUGUGUGAGAUAAAGGCAACUGGGAGCCAGGCUGGGAUGACUACUGUGUGCUGGGCUAAAUCAAUCAUUAUGGCAACCCUACAAAGGCAGUGCUCUGCACACCCCCAUUGCAGAGGGGAGCUGAGGUGAUCGCGAGGCUUGGUAAAAAGUCCAAGGUCGUAUAGCUAACAGACUGGGUGGGGCCUAGAAGGAGACUGGGUGGUCAGGCCCUGAUGUCUCUGGGGAUUUGUUGUCCUCAGUGCCACCUCUGGCUCUCCAUCUGCCCCCAAAUACUGCCACCAGAUUCUGCACUCUAUAGUUUCCACCUUCUAGACACAGCUGGCAGGCAGGAUUCUGGUGUCUGAUUCCCCGCCUCACUGCCAGUGGGCUCAUGGUAUUCAGCAAGGGUUUCUUGCUGUCUGUGAUUCAGCUUUCCUGUCAGCAAGAUGGAAGACCACGGCCAGGGUGGCGCAGGGAGAUUCCCACUGACUUCCUUAUCCCAUUGCCACUCUCCUCCAAAGUCCCUUAGGUUCCUCUCCUAACCUCUGGUCCCAGCUCUGGGGACUACCCCCCACCCCCACUCCUUUUCCCUACUACUCUCAGCCUGGGUCUUGGUCAUGCUUCCCAGAAUCCACUUGUCCAAGUCCUUCUCUUCCCAGGACAGUUUAUGCAGAAACUGGGAAUUGAAAGGUUUAUUUGAUGCUGCGCUCCAAAAGCUUGGGAGAGGAAGCAGGCCCUCAGCAAAAACAGCGUGACAGGGGCAACUCAGGGCCAUCUCAAAGUAGAGUAUGGUGCAGAGUCUCCUGCUCUGGGUCCUGAGAGGGGUCCAGGACACUCUGAGCUGGCAGCAGAGCCAGGGCUGAGGCCCCUGCGUUCCACCUGUACUGAGGCCGUGAGGAAGCCUAGGAACACCUGCAUGGGUCUUGGAAGGAGGAAGGGCGAGUGAACGAGAAUGCAGGAUUACGAGAAGUGGAGAAACCUAAGCUGGGCGGGUGCCAUAAACUGCAGAGGAGGAGGGGAGCAUGCUGGCCCCUCACAUUUUUGGCAGGGGUGGGGCUGGGCCUCGGAAGAAGUAGGUUGGGUUUUAUAAAGCUAGAGGCAGCCAGGAAUCUGACCAUCUGUGUGUAAAGUCGAAGGUCUCCUGUAGAGGGGAAGACAGAUCCAGAGAUCCUCUCUAGCAGAUGGGAGCCAGGGAGGUACCUGCAAGUCUCCAGACUCCACACCAAUUCCCAGGUGCGUGUGUGGCUCCUAUGUCACCUGCGGAAGCCCCAGGAAUCUUGGUUCUUCCAUCCUCUGCUUCCUCCCAGGGGAGUGAGGAUCAGAUACCCUUAUUCCACAAUGCUGCUCCUCUCCCUUCCCGCCCCACCUGGGGACAACUCCCAGGGCCUGUCUGCGCUCCCAGUGGGCUGGGAUUUCAGACGGCACUUUGCUGCCCCUUGGUGGCUUCCUGAGGAAAAGCAGGGCCCGAUGCUGCAUGGGAGAAGUGGAGGGGCCUCAGGUUUCGGGCAGGAUCUGGCCCACUGGCUUUCAUUCCUGGCUCCUCUCAGACCUCCGACUGUUCCCUUUAGCCCAUCCACUGUCACAUCUCUCAGACACUGUUUACCUGACUGCUGGGAACCACCCGUGUGCCCCCCGGCCCCAGAGCUUUCCCCUGAGUGUGUGAGGGCAGAGACACAAGUCCUUCCAUCGUCAGCUCUUCUAAGUUCCUCGGGGUCCCACCUGCCCCCUUCCCUGGCCUUAUCUGACUGAGGGGAGAUAAGAAUAAA